AACACGAUCCCGUAUCUAAGAAAACUGAUUUCUAAAUUCUGCUUGUCACGGUGCAAGUUGCGAUUAUAGAACUGGAAGUGGACUUUAUAACAUCUCCGUUGUCAUGUUUGAAAUAAUAAUGUACAAACAACCCUUUAAAAAUUUAGCACGUAUUAACUUGUAGAUUUCAAUGAAGGAAUUUUUUUGAUAGCAUUAUGAGGCACGUAUAUCAACAGACAGUAAAAGGCACCGCUGUAGCCCGAACUUGUAUCACACGUCCAUGACUGUAGCACUAGAAGGGGACAAGCACUCCAAACCUACUAGCCCACGGCCUUGACAGUGAUCUCCCGUUAAAUGUACCGACGCUACAGAGAGAUCGUACGAGCGAUUCCGACUUCGCCUCUGGACGCAAACAAACGCGAAGGUACGCUCUCGCAACUUCCUGUUCAGCAAGGGUCGUCUGCAAUCACCAUGACUGCUUCAGCUUCCACAGAGGAUAUUUUGGAAAAAAUACGCGAGAGUGUAGAGCACGAAGGACAUGGGGAUUCUCACGUGUUUGUUAUUCUAGGGGCGUCGGGUGAUUUGGCUAAGAAAAAGAUCUAUCCAACAUUAUGGUGGCUGUUUCGAGAUGGGCUGCUUCCACCAAAGACUUACUUCAUUGGUUAUGCUCGCAGCAAGCUGAGCAUGACCGAUAUCCAGAAAAAGAUCAUCCAGUACUUCAAGGUAAAGGCAGGUGAAGAAGAAAAGCUGAAAGAGUUCUUCAAGCUUAAUGAGUAUGUCUCAGGAGCUUAUGACAGGAUAGAAGGAUUUGCAGAGCUGAACAAAGUUCUUCAAACAAAAGGCAAUGGUAAUCGUUUGUUCUACCUGGCCCUGCCUCCCUCCGUGUAUGAGCCAGUCACUCUCAACAUCAAAGCUGUCUGCAUGGCAAAAGGGAAUCACUGGACACGGUUGAUUGUAGAAAAACCAUUUGGACGUGACCUUGAUUCAUCUAACCAGCUGUCUAACCAUUUGUCAGCAAUGUUCAAGGAAGAUGAAAUCUACAGAAUAGACCACUACUUAGGGAAGGAAAUGGUCCAGAACCUGAUGGUUCUCAGAUUUGGCAACAGAAUUUUCUCUCCAAUCUGGAAUCGUGAUAAUAUUGCCAGCGUAGUGAUCAGCUUCAAGGAACCUUUUGGAACACAAGGCAGAGGGGGUUACUUUGAUGAAUUUGGUAUUAUUAGAGAUGUGAUGCAGAACCACUUGCUGCAAAUUCUUACACUCGUUGCAAUGGAGAAACCUCCUUCAACAGCAUCAGAAGACAUCAGAAAUGAGAAGGUUAAGGUUUUGAAGAGCAUUCAGCCACCUGAUUUUGGCAAUAUUGUGCUGGGUCAGUAUGUUGGCAACCCAGAUGGGGAAGGAGACCAAAAACUGGGAUAUCUUGAUGAUCCAACUGUGCCAAAAGAAUCUGUUACUCCAACAUUUGCAACAGUUGUGCUUUUUGUUCAGAAUGAGAGAUGGGAUGGAGUACCCUUUAUUCUUCGGUGUGGAAAAGCCCUAAACGAGCGGAAGGCAGAGGUCCGUCUGCAGUUUCGAAAUGUGUCAGGGGACAUCUUUCCACAAGGGGCUGUGAAACGGAAUGAACUUGUCAUCCGUGUUCAACCAGAUGAAGCUGUUUACCUCAAAAUGAUGACAAAGAUGCCAGGAAUGACCUUUGAGUGUGCAGAGACAGAGCUGGACCUCACUUAUAACUUCAGAUACAAGGAUAUGAAGCUACCAGAUGCAUAUGAACGCCUGAUCUUAGAUGUCUUCUUGGGAUCCCAGAUCCAUUUUGUACGCUCAGAUGAGCUGCAUGAGGCCUGGAGGAUAUUCACCCCUUUGCUGCACUACAUUGAACAGAACAAACCUCAUCCUAUUUCUUACAUGUAUGGCAGCCGCGGUCCGACUGAGUCGGAUGAUUUGAUGAGCCGCCAUGACUUCAAGUAUUCAGGCACCUAUCGCUGGGUUCCAGGAGCCUAACAGCUGGCAGAGCAAUUUUCAGAUUUCCCAUUUUUUUCCUAAACCUUGUGGGGUUUCUAAGAUUUCUUUUUAGUAAACAUUUUAAUGCAACUCAGUAUGAGAAUAAGCAAAGUCUUCUGUUUUGCUGUUUUAGAUAUUUUGCAUUGAUGUCAACACUGGUUUAAAAAAUUUAGUCUAGUUUGACUAAACAGUAUGUUCUCGCACUACUGAAAAAGAUCUAGAAAUAGUGUUGGGAAAGGUCUAUAAACAAAAAUGAAUAUCAAAAAUUAACAAAUGUUCUGACAAUAUGAUGAUGGAUGCUUUAUGGCUAGCAUGGCAUAGUUAAGCUGAGUUAAAGAUCUUUGAUAAGGGUAGGUAUUUGAUUAUUCAGUUUACUGUAAUUCUCGAAGGUAGUAAAAACAAAAGUGUUAAUUAAACAUGGUAAACCAUGAACCAAACAGUUAAUGCUUUGUGGCCUUGUCUAAAGUUUUGAUCUUCACUGAAGGAUUUUUUUCAAUCAGUGCCAUCUCCCAUUUCCCGCUCUAGGAAAUAGUGUUUUUUUAAAAAACUAAACAGUCUAGUGGUACAAGGUGUAAAUACUUGAAAAAUCUUUUCAAAGUUGUCAGCUUGGUUUUAACAACAUUCCCUUUAGAAUAUUUGCUACACAUGUGACUGUGUUCAAAAUCUUUAAUACCAUUUUCUGUCAAUUCAUUUAAGGUUUUUUGAAAGGAUAUUAUUUUUACAAAAAUUGACUUGCACAAAUAUACACGAUGUUUUUUCAACAUCUUUGUUUAUUUAGAUGAUGCUCUUACUUAUUUUUGUAUUGUCAUUAGUCAGAUAGAAAAACCUUAAAAAUACUGAAAACUCAAGUACUCCUGCUUUGUUUUACAUAAUUUUGCUCUUGCACAUCUUCGAAUUCUGCCAGUGUCUUCUUUUAAGCUUUCAUGACAUGUUUUGUGGAAUUCUCUUGCACAAUUUACUGGUACAGUUAUCCCAUUGUAUAAUCUGUAAAUGCUGCUGCUUUUACUUCCUGUCACAGAAGCUCCCUCUUUCCAAUAUUGUUAGCUAAAAAUAUCAGGUUGCAUUUUAUACACUAUUGAUGUUUUAUUUGCUUCUUUUGGUUUCUUUGGUGCAGUAUGUAUACUGGAAUGAGUAAAUCUGUUGGAUUUUACUUGGUUUUUGAAGGCUGAGUAGGCCCUUUCAUAGAAAAACUAUAAAAAGGCUGGUGGCUAAUGAACAAUUUUCAAGGCAGCUCAGUCAUUUCACUGACCACAAAGCUAGACUUAUUUAUGUAAGGUGCUACAAAUAUAACCACUUCUAUUCUUAGAGGUUGGGUGACUGCAAAUGACUUAAAUAGAUUAGGCCCAACUGUGUGCAAAGUACCCCAGAAUAGUUGAAGAGACUAUUCCAGCCUUUAACCACUUUAUUUUUUCACACUUUCUUCUGGUGUGACUUUCAUCGCUCUUUUCUCCUGGUGUUACUUUUUAUUUUGAGGUUUUGUUUGAAAAAAAUGUUGUGGGGCAAAUCUGUCCUUAACAAUGCUGUUUCUCAAUUGACAGCAAGACAAUUCAGUGGCUGUAAAGUUACACAAAUGGGUGGUGUAGAUUUGUAACAGUUUUGCACCCACAGUUACAGGUUUCAAUUUCUGCAUGAUGCCUCAGGGUUAGCCUCACAAGCAUAAUUAGUUUAUUUAAACAUGCCAGAUCUGGACUUGUUCUUGCAAUAAACCUACAUAUUCUUGAAACAUUUAUUUUAGAUUAUAUCAGUUUGACAAAUUUACAUUUGCAGAAGUCUUACAUUUAAAUAGAUGCAUGUACACACAUAUUUGCAUGUUCACAUACACACGUGAACUGUUCUCUCUGUGUUAUUAACAUUUGCAUAUAGUUGCUUGUGCUUGGUUUAUUAUGCUUAUUAAAGCAUGUAUAAUUAAUAAAAAUUAUUAUAUGUGACCCACCAACACAAAAUGAGUCUUAAAGGGAUUGUAAAGGCAAAAUAAAACUGCUUUAGCUUAGAAUCUUGUAAAGAGUAGGAUCCACGAAUCUCAUCUGUUUUCGCGUCUGUUCAUAUGGAAAAAGUUGAAGGUUUUGCAGCAUGUUGUGUUUAAUAAGAGAAAUUACAUAGGACUCUUUCAUUUACUUAGACAGAGUCUCGUUCUCCAUCACAUGACCUUAUGACAUGUGACCAAGACUACUUACCAAGUGAAACAGACUGUUUUCUAUAAUUUUUAAAACUGUGCUUUGAAAAGUUCACUUUAAAACCUAAAUUAACUCACAAGACACCACCAAUCAUGAGUUCAAAUCCUAGCAAUGAUCACCGACACUUGCUGCCCGCCUCAAUCCUCAGUCGCACAGAGCAGUUUUAUAGUAGAGGCCCAGAAAGGUGAUUAAGGUUAACUUUGUGCGGUCAGACAUGCAAACUUCAAACUCACUCACUUAAGGAUGAGAAGAACAACUUUAUAUAGUUUGCAAAAUCUCAAAUUUCCUACUUAAGACUCAUUCUUUGGAGGCAGGUCACAUAUCUUUCUUAAACAGUGUAAAAUAAUGUUUUAUGGUUUUUUGAACAGUUAUGUAUUUUGCCUCAUGCAAUAAAAGAACUGUUGGUACAAUUCAUCUGUACUGACUGCUUCAGGCAUAUUGAUUUUACCUCCACAUGGGGAAAUAUCCUUUAUUUUCACUCUGACCGGGUAUUUUUUAACUGACUGGGUAAAUUAUCUGUGUUGAAUCAUUAGCUACACUAAACUGGAAAGGUAAAUAAAAAGAUGCCCUUUUAUCUCAUUUUUCAAGUUUUUAAGGUUUUCUACCAAGAUAACCAUCAGGUUGCUGCUAGCAAGAAGACUUGUACUAUUUAUCAUGAUCUUAUUACUGUCUGCUGUUUGUUAUAAUUUAUUUUGAUUGCUUCUCAAAUUACAUCACUUUCAGUACAGUCAAACUAUUCUACUGUUAGAUGCCAUGAAAUUUAACACAGUAAAACUGUCCUUGCAAUGGCAUGAGUCUUUUCCCCAUUUUAAUUCUUGAACAACUUAUGUUCAUGUGUCAGAAGGACAUGAAUUGUUUCAUGAAUUUAUGGUGUAAAUAUGUGCAAUAAUGCAGCAAAAAGAACUGUGAUGGGAAAAAUGACAACUUAGGAUGCAUGCAUAUUUUGCAAAGUCUAUUUUUUACCUCAUUAUUUUCAGGAUAUGAAUUAUUGAUUUGCUGGCAUACAGGGUUAAAUUGUUUUGUAGCAAUCUUUGCUCAAAAACUAAGAUCACAUUGUUAAAGCAUGUGCAGAAUUUGGCUUCACCUUGUCUUCAGCUUCACUGACUGCACAGAACUUUCACUGUCUUUUGAGUGUUUAGUUCACCCAGAGCUUUAACAUGCCUUAUUUUGGUCUAUCACUUGUUACAAGCAAUUACAAAGUACAUGAUGUGAAAAACCAAAACAAAACACAAAGAAACAAUUUUUGUUUCAUAUCUUGUCUAAAUGUGUAGACAAUGCACAAUGCACUCAUAUAUUUUCUUUUCAGCCCAUGAUGUUAAAUUACCAGAUUGCAAAUGUUUUCUAGUUUACUGUGGCUAGCUAAGCACAAGAUAGUACUUUCGAAAUUUGAAUAGGUGUAUCUGUGGACAUAAAUGUCAUGGUAUCGAAUUAUUUUUCUUCGUGAUUAUGAAAGUAAGCUUAACUGAGAACUGAAGGUGACUAUUUGCACAGAUCUUGUGGUAAACUUGUCUUGGAUACUUGAAGUUUGUGGUCUGGUCACAAUGCAGGCGUGAGUCUGUUCUUGAUAGGAAGAUGAGUUCUUAUCCAACGUUCAGUAGUGUGUGCGUCUCUAUGUUUCAUACACCUGUGCGCGCACGCAAACACCAAAUAUUUAUGUGAUGUAUGUCUUUAUUAUCUGUUACUGCCACCAACAAAAUUCUUGAAUCUAAAAGCUCAAAAAAGCAAAAGGCCUAUUUACAUGCAGAGUUGAAGUCCAUAUGACCUAUUUAUUUUUAUAUUUACAGAUUUAAAAAAAAAUUUAUAUGCUUAACUUUUUUCUUCAGUUUUACAAUGAGCUGGAAGGAUUCUGUUUGUCCUAAAAAUGCUUGAAUCAGUGUUCACCUAAGUGCAUUUAUAUAAACACUCUCUUGUAGCUGAGCAGUUUCUAAUCAAAUAUCCUUCUUUUCAUAAUAUUGUUUCAUAUUAAUGCUGUCUUGUUUUAAUUGUCAAGGUUUCAUUGUUUUGGGGUUUUUAAAACACUUUAUAAUACUACUUUUGGUGUUUUUACAGGUUUACUUUUAUCAUGAAAGAUGUAAAUUUUUUUAAGACGCAUAAGAUGUUCAUUUUAUUUAUUUAUGAUCCACAAAACAUUUUAAUGAGAAAGUUUUAUGCCUGAUACCUAUCCUCAGAUUUGCUGAAAGUAUUUUUAUGAUGAAAACGGCAGAUGCUGUGCUGUAAAUUUCCUUAUGCCGUUCUUAUGUCAGAACUUCACACCAUGUCAUGAAAGCCUGCUAAUAUUGUCAGCUGCUUUCAUUUAACAAAAUAACUGAGACAAACAACUAGACUAGCAAUUGUUUGGUGCACAUUGCCACAAAAUACAGUGAAAAUAUACACUUUUCAUCUGAAAGGAAGAUUCAAGCCUUUUGUUAAUCUCCAAUAUUAGUUUAGUGCUUUACUACCCAGUAUAAAUGCAUAAAGAUUUUCCUUUGUCUUGUUACUAGAAUGUAGGUGCUAUUAAGUCUGACAGUGUUAAAUCCUACUUUUAAAUGCUUUCUUUAACACAUUGGGCAUUGGGACUAUAAGUCCUUAAAUCACCUUUGGUCACUGCAUGUUAGUGUCAAAAUUAUGCAGUAAUGCCAGUGUCUAGUGAGUUACAACCCAUGCAGCAGUGUUUUUGGCUAGUAAUUAUUCUUGACAUAAUUAGAGCACAACCUAUCAGUAAUCUGCAAAAGCAUAUGUCUUAGAACAAUAUUUUCCUGUUCCAAAAAAAAAAUGCAGACAGAAGUGAACAAAAUAAAACAUUAAAGUAUCAGAGAAUU